GUUGUUAGUUGUCGUCUGUUGUCUGUUUCUUUGGAGUUAUGGUCUUCUAUCCACGUGCUCGAACUUGUUAAGAAGAACCCUAAACAUGAGUGCUGAAAAUGAUGUGGAUUUCGCGGAGCCGCAAAGAGUGACUAGGAAACGAGCAGCCUCAAGCACGGUCGAUAAUGCUAUGGAAGUUGAAUAUCGUGGUAUCGCUGGCGAGAAAUCUCAAAAUGCCCCUCUUAAGAAGAAACAACGCAGUGCUGUAGAUGUACGCAAGGUUCCGGUGCCGGCCCACAGAUAUACCCCUCUUAAAGAGAGUUGGUUAAAAAUUUUCACCCCCAUCGUCGAAAAUCUACAGCUUCAAGUGCGGUUCAAUUUGAAGUCAAGGAACGUGGAAAUUAGAUCCUCUUCUGAAACGCCAGACAUUGCCAACCUUCAGAAAGCUGCAGACUUUGUUAGGGCUUUUGUUUACGGAUUUGAAGUUGAAGACGCUUUGGCACUUCUUCGGCUGGACAAUCUUUUCAUUGAAACAUUUGAAAUCAAAGAUGUGAAGACGUUGCGAGGUGAUCACUUAUCAAGAGCAAUUGGUCGCUUGGCAGGCAAAGGAGGCCGAACCAAAUUUACAAUUGAAAAUGUUACCAAAACUCGUAUUGUUCUUGCUGAAUCUAAAAUACACAUCCUAGGGUCUUAUCAAAAUAUUCAAGUUGCAAUGAAGGCUGUAUGUAAUUUAAUUUUGGGUAGUCCUCCAUCCAAAGUGUAUGGUCAAUUACGAAAUGUCGCCAGCAGGUUGGGCGAGAGACUUUGAUUAGAAACAUUUUGUAUGUGAAUUAUUGUAUCUGUAAGUUGUAAAUAUCUUUGUAAUUUUUCUUUUUUUCAUUACUGGCUUCUUGUAAAUUCAGGAACAAAUGCAGUUCUGUACCGCAAUGAACAAUACUUUGUUUAAUGAUUCGGUUUAUUCCAUCUUUUGGUAUAUAAUUGUGAUGAGCAUUAACUGAUAAUGAAUAAAAUGUAACUAUUA